AUGGAUUUAUCUAACUCUGAAAUUGAUGCUCAGCUCUUGGAGCAGUUCAGGUGCUUGGGAACUGAUGAUCGUGAUGAACUCGUCAAAAAUUUUAGCCACGUUGUUGGCGGUAAUGUUUCAUCGAGCAUAUGCCGAUUCUUUUUGGAUUUGGCAAACUGGAACUUACAGAAGGCGAUAGGUGCGUACUUUGACCUCAAUUUUGAUGCAAAUAUUGGGUCUCGCCACUCCUCUAUUUCCUCUUUUCGGAUUCACCCGCCCUUAUAUGAUGCGAAGUUCCAUCCUUCUCCGCAUUCCGGUUUUAAGCGAACCCCUUCACUGAUUUGGUGUGUUCAAAAUUCUGGUUCUGCUUCAUGGCCGGAAGGAACUUAUCUAGCUACUGAACCUGAUUUAGCUUCCAUACCCCUCUGCGAUAAAUCAGUGGUAUGGCUACCUCUGCCAUCUGAUUACCGAAAAUCAGUUUCGGAGCUUCCUCCUGGGAGUUACGCACAUCUUGUUGUUGAUGUACAGCCCCCGCCUGAAUAUAUAUGUACGAGAGUUUUAUCCACAAACACUCCAGUGAUUGGUGCCUUAAAACUCUGUUUACCUAGUGGAGAUCGCUUUGGAGAACUACUAUACUGCUCUGCCAUCCCACAUUUGACGACUGAAUCUAUUUUAUUCUGUACUGGUACGCCCAUCACACGUAUUUUGCCUCCUGAACCACAAAGCGUUUGUGUAGGAGGAAUCCUCAUCUCAACAACCAAUGGACGAAGACACGUAAAUCCGUCAAGGAACUGGGUCCUCAGCCUUAAAUUCAGGCAGCCUUUAGUUCAAGUUCCUCUCUUUGAUCCAAGCUAUCGGAAUCACUUUUUCUUUCCCGCCAUCACUAAAUGA